CUCACAGGUUGCACUCGCAAAACCAGGAUCAUUGACGUUGUGUACAAUGCCUCCAACAAUGAGCUUGUGAGAACCAAGACCUUGGUGAAGAACUGCAUUGUUCUGGUGGACAGCACACCGUUCAGGCAGUGGUAUGAAGCCCACUACGCCAUUCCACUGGGCCGCAAGAAAGGGGCAAAGCUGACUCCAGAAGAGGAGGAGAUCUUGAACAAGAAACGGUCAAAGAAGGUUCAGAAAAAGAUUGAUGAACGCAGGAAGAAGAGCAAGAUUAGCAGUUUGCUGGAGGAGCAGUUCCUGCAGGGCAAGCUUCUCUCCUGUAUUGCGUCCAGGCCCGGCCAGUGUGGCAGAGCUGACGGAUACAUCUUGGAAGGGAAAGAGCUGGAGUUCUACCUCCGGAAGAUCAGAGCCAAGAAAGGCAAAUAGACUAAAGCAAUAUAACCAGAGCUCUACAGUGUGAGCAUUUACGGGUGAAAAUGAUUGUAUGAAUGUGAAAAAUUAUUUGGGUUACCAGCGUGAAUGAUUUCUGACAUCUAGUUACUCCCUAACGGCUUAGAAAAUUAGUUUUUGGGUGAUUAGGACUCACUUCUGUAACUGCACCUUCAUGUUACUAUUUACUAUUAAUAACUACUAUUUAUUGUUUUUUUUCUUUGUUCUAUUUAUUUUGGUACCUGUCACUUUAGCUCACCUUUUGAGAGUCCAAAUUUAACCAUAAAAAAU